UUCAGCGACGUCCACCUGAGAGUGACGGAGAAGAGAGUUCUCAAUACCCUGAAUAAGGACAAGAACAGAGCCACCAUCAGGUUUCCAAUGGAGGGGAAGAUAAAGUCCAAAGACAUGAAAGUCAACUGUCUCCUACAGGCAGCUCUGGGCAGUCUCCCUGUCCAGGAGUUCUCUCUCAAUCAAGACACUCAGAAGAUAUUCCGCUCUGCCUCUCGCCUCUCCAAAUGUCUGCUGGAGCUAAAGAUGCUGGGAGCUGGGUUCCAGUCACUUCUCAACUCAGUACUCCUACACAAGUGUAUUCAGGCCAGACUGUGGGAAAACUCCAAACAUGUGGCGAGACAGUUGGAUAAGAUCGGUACACUUCUCCCAAAAUCUUUACUAGAGUGAUCUGUAUGUAUGUCCACCGCCUGUCAGGUGUGACCAUCAGCACCACUCUGGUGAAUGCCAGACUCACAACAUUUGACAAGAUCCAUGACACCAACCCCAGGGAACUGGAGAUGAUUGUGAAUCGUCACCCUCCAUUUGGGACACAGAUAAGGGAUGCUGUGGCGAGGCUACCAAAAUAUGCCAUCUCUCUGCAACAGUGUGGAGGACGCACCAGUCAGCAGGCAGAUCUGGUGGUAAUGGUCUCCCUCACCAACCACACCCUCCUGAGUGGGGCGGGGCCUGGCGGAGGAGGCCCCACCCU